AUGGCUUUUCUUCGCCGCAGAGGCAACGUGUCUAAUGAGACCGAUAUACGCCGCCAUACAUUCUUCGAAUCCAGCGCAUCCGGCGAUAUUCCUCAGUUCCCUUCCCAGCCCGAACAGAACAACGACCAAAGCGCUGGGGAGUCUUACCGCCCGCAGCCAUCCCGCGAGUUUACUCGCGACUCUACCAAUAGCCGCACCGAAAGUCGUCCAGAGAGUCGCCCUGAAAGCCGCCCUGAAAGCCGCCCUGAAGGUCAAACUGAAAGCCGCCCAGACACCCCUCCUAUACAAGAGGGAAACAGCAAACAUCAUCGCUUCUCCGUCUUGCGCUUUAGAAACGCGAGCGAUUCGCAACUAUCCCUUCGAGCUAAACAGCAGUCUGAAGAAACCCCUCCAGUCCCACGACCACCUGAAAUCAUAACUACCGCUCCUACAAACGAGUUCAGUGGGCCGAAGAAGAAGACCUCUCGGAUUAGCCUAGGUGCUAGGUUUCGCCGCUCGACGGACAUACCCCGUGAUGAGAAUCAGUCUAAUAAUGGGCCGGGGCGUCAGAAGACACUUCGUAAAUCCUUUACCGAUGACAGACGACAGCCAGCGCUUGCUACUCUAGAGGAACCCGAAUCUCCGCGACCAUCUACAACAGCCACGCAAAGUAGUCCCAAUGGAACCAUAUUGACCCCUCCGAAUCGCCCGUCCGAGUCUUCGAGAUCAGAUGCUAGCUCCAAUGAUCGUUUGUCUCACCAGAGUUCGUCUUACCAAAGCCCAGAGACAACACCCAAGAAAACUGGACCUUUCUUCAGACUGCGGAGGCAUAAGAAGGCGCCAGAACCUUUAUUCCCAUUCGCACAUUUACAGCAGCAAGGAAAGCCACCACCAGGCAUCACAUCUGCCUCAUCCCUUGGCAUUUCCACAACUCCUCGUCCAGCAUCGGCUCAAAGUAACAGAACAGCUGGUGGAAGCACUAUGAAAGGUGACCCGGACUCGCGACUAGCUCAAUCGCCUGCAACAACAUUGGUUGCACCCGGGGUAACGCAGUCGGGGCAUUCUUCGCCGACAAGGGCUACUCUGUUGCGAGGGAGAUCAUCUACUAUGAGUUCGAUGGGCCGCGAUUCGAAUGAUGACCACCUUUUACCUCCAACCACCCGGACGUCUUCUUCCACUGGCCGCAAAAGUUUUGGCGAUUUGUUUGGUUUGAGUCGUCUGCGGCAGAACUCCGAACUUAGCCGUCAGGGCACUAUGACCCCUACAACCCCUGGCUCCAUGGGGUCCAAGAACAACUCACUCCAGCUUGCUAGAGACUCGUUCGUUCUUCCAGAGCGCUGGGAAGACGAGUCACCCGCCAAGUAUCUGACCCGAGUCGAAGAAGUUGCAAACCGGGGUAUUAUUGCCGCUACACUAUCGAAAAGUGCAGAUCCGUUCAUGGUUGCUGUACUGCGCAGUUAUAUGCGGAGCUACAGCUUUUUUGGCGAUCCCAUGGAUAUGGCUAUUCGAAAGCUGCUCAUGGAGGCUGAACUCCCUAAGGAAACUCAACAAAUUGACCGUUGCCUGCAAGCGUUUGCAAACCGCUAUCAUGAGUGUAACCCUGGCAUCUACUCAUCGCCUGAUCAGGCCUACUUUAUUGCAUUCUCCUUGCUCAUUCUACACACUGAUGUCUUCAACAAAAACAACAAGCACAAAAUGCAAAAAACCGAUUACUUGAAGAACACAAAUGGAGAGGGCAUCUUUGACGACAUUCUGGAAUGUUUUUAUGACAACAUCACUUAUACCCCUUUUAUUCAUGUUGAGGAUGAUUUAGACCCAACCAUCGAUCGUUAUGCUUCACACAAAUCACGACGAAAACCUCUGCUUCCCUCUACAGUCAACGACCCUGCGAAACGAGCUAUCAAGGAGCCUAUUGAUCCUUACACCCUGAUCCUCGAUGGGAGUCUGGACGCGUUAAGGCCCAACUUGAAAGACGUGAUCGAGCUAGAUGACCACUAUAACUACCUGGGUUCUGCCACCAGCCUGAAUCUUAAGGACCUGCAGAAGACAUUUUUCAGGACUGGCGUACUGCAGAUUGUAUCAGCCCGAUCUCGACCGGACGCUUUCAUGACGGAACAAACGGCUAGCAAUCCAGCUGAAGCGCACCCUGGCAUUGUGGAUAUCAAAGUAACGAAGGUCGGAUUGCUAUGGCGGAAGGACGCAAAGAAACGCAAGGCGCGGUCUCCGUGGCAAGAAUGGGGUGCAAUCCUCACAGGAGCGCAGCUCUACUUCUUUCGUAACACAGGCUGGGUCAAGUCUUUGAUGCAUCAGUACGAUAACCAUAUCAAGGCAGGGAAUGAUGGGACACCAUUGAUCUUCAACCCCCCACUUCAAGAAUUCAAACCGGAUGCGCUUAUGUCGACUUAUGCCGCCGUUGCCCUGCAUGAUGCGUCAUACAAGAAGCACAAGAAUGCAUUUAUAUACGUAAGGCAAGGUGGUCUAGAAGAAGUUCUUUUGGCGGACAACGAGGAGGAGAUGAAUGACUGGCUCGCCAAACUCAACUAUGCUGCUGCCUUCAGGACGACCGGCGUUAAGAUGCGCGGUGUCCUUGGUGGGAACUAUGAUGGGCAAAGCCGCCGCGGUCUUCGACGACUUGAUAGCGCCGAUGCUGCCACACUCAUCCAGACGCCAACAGGACCGGUAUCCAUUGCUCGAAGUCGGAUAGAUCACAAGAUGGCCGAGGACAUUUCAGCUGCUCGGCGGGAUGUGAUGAAGCAAAAGAUUUCUGAGGCUGACGAAAGUGUUCAAGAAAUUCAACAACGACUGGAAGAUCAACUCAGGAAUGCACGCCAUUUGCUGAUUCUUGCCCCUAUCCAGCCAAGAACGAGAGAACAGAUAUUGUCUGCCGCAGCGCGAAUGGCUGCUCAGCUCAAGUGGACCCGUCAAGAAAUGUGGAAGUCCAAGUGCCACCGUGAUAUCUUGAUACAAGAUCUCGAGGAAGAGCACCCAUCAGAGACAUUCACUCCGACAAAGCAGCAUUCCAAUCGACUCUCGCAGAGAACAGGAUCACCCACACCUCGCGCCGGUAUGGGACGUAGAGGGUCAAGGUCAACACACCACUCUGGAACAGAGGCGGACCCAAGAACACCUGCAGAGCCACAAGUUAUUAAUAUGCCUAACCCUGCAGAAGUCACGGAAGAUGUAGACUCUCCUUUAGACCAAAUUUUCACAACGCCUCCUCAGAGUGCUACCAAGCGCCGCCACAGCUCUCGCGAUCUUUCAUUUACUCGACCAGAUGCUGCUAGUACAAGACAAGGCUCCAUAUCGAGCAUCGCGCAGUCUCCUCUGGUGUCGCUUCCGCCGACUCCGCUAGCGAAACCCCCUUCGUCGCAGGACGAAAAUUCCAAACCACCGCAAAAUGUUGAACAUGACGGCCACCACGAUCCUGAUGCAGAUGAACGGGACUUCCUGGAGCAGGCAGGUCUGCUUGAGCAGCGAUCUAGCCGGGACCCUACAGAUAAGACAACUGUCUCAACCGGUGCGGAUGUGACUGGGGAGCCUGGCACACCUACAGAUAAGCUGGACAGAAGCAAGAUCCGGCGUAGUCUUCAGCGAACCCUUAGAGAAGGCGCUGGGCACCUCUCGCACCACCGUAGUAGCCGUAAGGGUAAGGAGGUGGCCGCUUCAGGAGAGGAAUCGACACAAGAACAUCAACUCGCCAGAGGCACAGGGAGCUUCGUAGUCCACGGAAAGAAGGCAUCAGUCAUUACUUUUGGUGAUGGAUUACAAAACAUGACCCAUGACGAGAAGAUCCGCGCCCGAAAAUCUUCGUACCAGCAGGAUACUCCUUUGUCGCCUUUGCCAAGCGCACCUGAGGAUGAUGACUUCUAUUCUGCUGUCAGCGUGCCGCUUGAGUCAGCCGAGCGCAGAGAGUCAAUUGCAAGCGCAAGCACCGCAACCGCUCGUAGCUUCCGUGAGCUGCAUAGAAAGUAUUCAUCAGCUCAAGCUACUAGAAGCACUUCAGCUGUCGGUAGAUUGACAAUACCCUCUGAUACCGAGAGUGAGGUUGCGGUCAGCUUCUCAGAUGGGCGUAGGAGCCCUUUGCCUCCGAAGGAGACAGAGACAGACGAGGAGUCCGACGGCACGGGUGAUAAGAGAGGUCGAAGCAGCAGAAAGGACGAUUUUGAGAGUCGAGAUUCGGACUCUGAAUCGCUGCAAGAUGUUGAGCAGCUGUCAAGCCGGCCUGUGCAACCUGUCAACGCCUGA